AGCACAAUGGCCGGCUUUAAUAUCGACACACCCCGUUGGGACCAGCGCACGUUCCUAGGAAGGGUGAAACACUUCUUCAACAUCACGGACCCCCGCACUGUCUUUGUGCCAGAGCAGGAGCUGGACUGGGCCAAGGUCAUGGUGGAGAAGAGCAGGAUGGGGGCCACGCCCCCAGGCACCCAAGUGGAGCAGCUGCUGUAUGCCAAGAAACUGUACGACUCUGCCUUCCACCCUGACACCGGGGAGAGGAUGAACGUCAUCGGGCGGAUGUCCUUCCAGGUGCCUGGCGGCAUGAUCAUCACCGGCUUCAUGCUGCAGUUCUACAGGACAAUGCCAGCAGUGAUCUUCUGGCAGUGGGUGAACCAGUCCUUCAAUGCCUUAGUCAACUACACCAACAGGAACGCCGCGUGCCCCACGUCACUCAGGCAGAUGGCCCUCGCCUACUUUACAGCGACAACCACAGCUGUGGCCACUGCAGUGGGCAUGAACUCAUUGACCAAGAGAGCCCCGCCCUUGGUGAGCCGUUGGGUGCCCUUUGCCGCUGUGGCAGCUGCCAACUGUGUCAACAUCCCCAUGAUGCGACAGCAGGAACUCAUCCAGGGCAUCUCUGUGAAGGACAAGAACCACAAUGAGCUUGGCUUUUCCAGGAGAGCCGCGGCAGUGGGCAUCAGCCAGGUGGUGAUUUCCCGGAUUGCCAUGGCUGCCCCUGGCAUGAUCUUGUUGCCAGUUGCCAUGGAAAGACUGGAGAAACUGCAUUUCAUGAAGAAAGUCAAGGUCCUGCAUGCCCCGCUGCAGGUGCUGCUGGCCGGGUGCUUCCUCAUCUUCAUGGUGCCAGUGGCGUGUGGGCUCUUCCCCCAGGAAUGUGAACUCUCAGCUUCCUAUCUGGAGCCAGAGCUCCGAGACACCAUCCGCGCCAAGCACGGACAGCACGUGCCUUAUGUCUACUUCAACAAGGGUCUCUAAAUGCCCCUACGCCAGCCAGGACCAGCCUAAGCCCGUAUUCACCAGCUCUGCCUUAGCCACUGGGUACCUGUGUCAUCUCUACUCUGGGGGGGGUGGGGUGGGUGGGUGCGCAGGAGAACAACCCCUGCUGGCACCUGGCUCUAGGGGAUGACAAGGGAAGAAAGGACCAAAGCCCCCAUCCUGCUUCCGCCUCACCCUGGCCCCCUGGAGCCCAAUGGGGCGGCCCUCUCAGGGAAGCUGCUGGUGCCUGUAACAGACACUCAGGGAACCAUGGGGAAGGCCUGAGGACCUGGGGAACAGCCCUUGGGACCCAGAGAACGCCUCUCGUUUCUCCUUUGCCCUUUCUUCCUUGUUCUCUCCUAAGCAGAGACCCCUGGCCCAUGCCGUUACUCCAGGCCAGAUGCAGAAGCGCUGCGGAAGGAGUCUGUAUCUCCCCCACCCCCGGGCCCUUGCACUCACCCCAUGCUGUUCCCUGUCACCUGUGACCAGAACACCACUGGGGGUGGGGGGGAUGCUGCUGACCUUGACCCUGGCAGGCACCCAGGGGUUACUGUGUUCACAAGGGACACAAAGUUCCCUGUCUGUUGAGGCUGACUUUGUGCCGCCUCCAAAUCAUGUCUGAAUCUUUUCCCCGGGCGGGCUAGUUUCUGUCGCAGGUGGAGGUUGUCUUUCUCCCCGGUCUCCUAGCUCUGUUUAACAAAGAUAAAGCCACUCACUGUGAGUGGAAAGGAUGUAGGUAAGCAUUAAUCACACAUUUUAAUAGGGCUCAUUUCCUGCUUGCCUCCCUUCCUCAACCCAUUAGGGUGAGGACCAAAGAAAGACUGGUGUGGCUUGGUGGGGAAGGGGAAGUUUUACUUGGACACCUCGAAGAGGAAAUCCACUGGGACCAAAGAGCCCGCCAGACCGCCCAGCAGGCGUAGCCACUGACCUGCUAGGGCCUACCUGGGGUCUAAGGACGUGUGUCUGGUCUGGUCGGAUUUGGUGACUCUGUUCCAAGGACAUCACUGUGACCUGAAUAAAUUGCCUGAAAGA